ACCUGAGGAGUUACGCCUAAGCCUGGCGGAACGCCGCCAUGGCUUCCCAGCAGCGGAACGCCGGUGCCAUGAUCCGUGCCUCCAGCUUUGGCGCCAUGAGCCGGGAGCUCCGCGCUCGCGCCGGGCGUGUCGAGGAAAGCGGAGCAGCGCCACAGGCGCAAAGCGAGGCAAAGGCCGAGCCAUCAGGGCCCAGCCGUCGCCGGUCCAGCAGCAGCGCCGCAGAGCGGCGGAGCUCUGGCGCUCGGCGCCACUCGCGCUCCGAGCCAAGCCCAGCCCUGCCGGCAAAUUGGAACGACCUGGUGGCUUUGUCACCACAGGUCAUUUUGGAUCGACUGACCAAAGGUGUUGAGAAAGGUCGAUGCUGGCUGGACCCUCCGAAGGUCAGGAAGGCCGAUGGCACUCCACCGGCCACCAGGCCGGCGUUAGGUGUGGAGCGCCACAAGGUGUGGAGCGCCACAAGAUCAAACGGACAAAGUAGUCUAAGGAUAUUCCAAGGAGCUAGAUCCAGAGAUGCUUGUGUGUUUUUACUUUGGCAAUUUUGACCAUUGAAUUUUGGUCAUGCUUGGUAUGAACCCUCAUGCUUUUGUUGAGCCAUACCAAUGUGAAUAACUGGCAACCAAUUUACCAAUGGUAUCAAUGUCCGGUAGCCUAGCGUGAAAGGUUUAAUGAUAAUAAUCUACUAGCUUUGCAAUCCCUCACAGAAACAACACUUGCCCCUGUUCCUUGUCAAUUGAUCCUCCAAACCCCAGAGAGAACCAUGAGAACUUCACUCCAAUCUCAAAUCUUGACGUACACCCUCAGAAUUCAUAUAUGAACAAACACAACCCCAGGACCCUCCUGUCAGGGCGUCCGAACUACCCCACACUACCUGCCUAGGCUUCCAG